AUGAGCGCGGAUUAUCAUCACGUGGUUGAUGACUGUGAAGAGGCGUGGGUCGCGUGGGCGCGUUUGAAGACGCUGUACGGCGGGUCGCAGAAGGCUGGACGCAUCUACUUGAAGCGCCAGCUGUUCAGCAUGGAGAUGGCGGAAGGCGGCAAUGUGAUGCAUCAUUGCAACGAAGUCCUCAACAUCAGCGCGAAGCUCAGCAGCAUCGGCGCCAAGAUGGAGGACGAGGACGUGGCGAUCUGCUUGUUGCGCAGCCUCCCCAAGAGCUACGAGAACGUCGUUCUCAACUUGGAGAUGAGCAGCUCGGAACUGCGAUCGCGAGACGUCGUGAGAGUGCUCACGAAUGAGCACAUCAAGAGGCAAGGUGACAAGACGACAUCGGUGAAGACUGAAGACGCGGCGAAGGCGUUCAGUGCCGAGCGUGAACCUCGCCAGUGUACAUACUGCGGAAAAUUGGGGCACACGGCGGAGCGGUGCUGGACCAAGCAGAAGGACGAAAAUCAAGGUGGAGCUCGACGCGGCGGCAACAAUGCUCGUGGACGCGGAGCCAACAGCGUUUAG